AUGAGAACAGAAAGUAAAAGAGAGAAAUCACAAAUGACUACAGCUGCCAUACUUAAACAUUGUUAUGAUAUAACAGAAUCCUACCUACAAAUAGAUGAUCGUGUUACCAAUAAUUCAACUAUUUCCAUAAUUAAAGAAACGCAAGAUUUAUUAAUCUCAACAAAACAGAUAUUUUUAAAUGAAAUACUACCAUAUUGGAAUCCAAUAAAAGAUAACAUCUCCAUAUCUUAUAAUGGCGGGAAAGACUGCCAAGUUUUAUUAAUUAUUUAUCUAGCGUGUUUGUAUGAGUAUUUUUAUAUGGCAGCAUUGAAUUUCAAUAAUCUUAAGCUUGAUACUAUGAACACUUUUAACAAUAUGAACACAACCGUAAAAUUUGCUCUCAAGGCUGUUUAUUUAAGGCAGGAAAACACAUUUCAAAUAAUAAACGAAUUUAUCGAAGAAAGCUCGAAAAAAUAUGGACUAUCAUUGUAUAAAAGCAACAUAGGAUCAAUGGAAAAUUCAUUAAAGGAAUACAUGAUACAUGAGAAAUGGGACUGCAAUUAUAAUACCAAACAAAAAGCUGGUAUAAUUAUCGGAAUAAGACGCAGUGAUCCAUAUGCAUUGAAUUUAAAGUACAUACAGCAAACAGACAAGAACUGGCCACAGUUUAUGAGAUUACAACCGUUAUUAGAUUGGAAAUUAAGAAACGUUUGGAGUUUUUUAAUUUACUCUAAUGAACCUAUUUGUAAACUUUACGAAUUGGGAUUUACUUCGCUCGGUGGUGUUAAUAAUACCGUCAGAAACUUAUAUUUAAAGAAAACAAAAUGUAAUCAGAAUGGCGAUAAGUGUAAAGACGGUACUAGUACCAGUUCCCAUUUAUGGAAUCAUUUUCAAUGGGAGUUUCAACAUCGCUUUGGCAGUCAUAAUAAGGAUGACCAUAGUGAAGAUAUGACAAUCGAAGAUAAUAGCAUCGACCAUGAAUAUUUGUGCAAUGAUACGGAAUCAUAUUAUCCUGGUUGGUUUUUAAUAGACGAUGAAAAGGAGCGAGCAGGAAGAACCAAGAGGAAGUGA